CGCCCUCUAGUGUACAGUAUUUUCUAAAGUGCUAAAGAACACUAAGUACUUUAGUAGACUAUUGUAUGCAAGUACAUUACAGGUAGUAGUAAAAAGUGUAAAACAUGGCGCUUAACCUCACUGUAAAAGUUCACCCAGUAGUUUUAUUUCAAAUUGUCGAUGCCUAUGAACGUCGAAAAGCCGAAUCUCAUCGUGUCAUCGGAACGUUAUUAGGUACUGUGGAAAAGGGAAUGGUUGAAGUUACAAAUUGUUUCUGUGUGCCGCACAAAGAAUCUGAAAGUCAGGUUGAAGCCGAUUUAACAUAUGGAAUUGAUUUGUAUGAAUUGAAUCACAGAGUCAAUGCACAAGAGAAUAUUGUUGGGUGGUGGGCAACAGGAAACGAGGUUACCACGCAUUCUUCUGUUAUUCAUGAGUAUUAUGUUCGUGAAUGCAAUAAUCCAGUGCAUUUGACUGUCGAUACAACAUUAGCAAAUACUACCAGGAUGGCAAUUAAAGCUUAUGUGUGUGUUCCACUAGGAGUGCCUAAUGGUAAACAAGGUUCUAUGUUUACUCCAGUUAAAGUACAGAUUACAUGCUAUGAGCCAGAAAUUGUUGGUCUACAGCUUUGUUCUAAAACUCAGUUACCAACUCAUGCUCAAAUAACUGGUGCAAAAACAGGUGGAGGUAUUGAACCAAUGAUGGAUCUUUCCCAAAUAGCAGAAGCAAGCGCUAAACUUUCUGCAAUGUUAGAACAAGUACUUGCAUAUGUUGAUGAUGUAUUAAGUGGGAAACAACCACCAGAUAAUCAGGUGGGACGUGCUCUACUAGAUAUGGUACAUUCAGUACCUAAAAUGUCAAGUGACCAAUUUGAUGAAAUGUUUAAUAGCAAUGUAAAAGAUUUAUUAAUGGUUGUUGCACUUUCUCAAUUGAUAAAGACACAACUCCAACUUAAUGAGAAACUUACACUACUUACAACUUUAUAAAUCUUUUAAUAUUAAUUAAAAAAUUGUUUAUACAAUUUUUAUGAAUAAAAACUCAUUAAAUUUUCA